AUGGUUCAGGUCGAGAUCGCCUGGUGCACCAGCAGUGACCAGGCCCUGGUGGCGGUCAAGUCCCGGGCGGCGAUGACUCUUUUCUUGCGCCUGCAUUGUUGGGCGUUGGAGUGGGAUGACCAGAAGAAAAUUAGCACAGCGAGGGGCCCAGCUCUUGGCAGUUGUAGUGUACGGGAGAUGCGCAGCGCAGUGAAGAGUAACGAGGGCCCGUUUCCGCGGAAAUGUUGGGGAAGGUUCCAGAUUUCAGGUCAUAAGCACCUGAGCUGGGACGACACUGGGCAGCGUGAGGAUUUUGUCAGCUAUUUGAAUUUGUUUCGGCCUGCGAUCGCAGCGGUGCUGUCUUCUCGCUUUCAUGGCACAUGUUCAGCGCUCUGCUCACAUCAAUGGUCAGUCUCGAGCACUUGCUAG